UUCUGACGUCUCGUUUUCUCUCUCCUCUUUCUCUUCUCUUCUAUUCUCUCUAGAUCGACAGCCGGCUCGAUUUCGCUCUGUUUUUUUUUUUUUCUUUCCCUGGAUCUGAGGUUUGAUUCGAUCGAUUGGUUCGGACGGGAAAACUCUGGAAUCGGGAUCGAAUUGAGGUGCGGAUGAAUUAGGGAUUGGAGUUUUUUCGCGGAUGAAAUUUUGGGAGCUGGGGUUUUGGAUCGAUCUAGGGUUUUCUGGGACUGUGAAUUUGCGAGGAAUUGAUGUACGUGGAACUGGUGGCGUGCGAUUAGAGGUCUGGAAUUGAUGGUACUCGUGGUAAGGGUUGAAGGUGGGAUCGAAGGAGGGAUUGGGGAAAAUGCAAGGCUAUGCAUGGGCAGGCUGGUGACGAAAGGAAACGGAGUCGGCACAUGUGGACAGUCCCCACGCGUGUGAUCGUAGCUGCCACGGCUGAUGGUUCUUCUUCUUCGAAUUUGUCUUCAGCUAAUUCGUUUACCAAGGAUGGACGCGAGAUCAGUGUUGGCGACUGUGCUCUUUUCAAACCACCUCAGGAUUCCCCACCUUUCAUCGGAAUAAUUCGUUGGUUGAUUGCAGAUAAAGAGAACAAGAUAAAGUUAGGUGUGAAUUGGCUAUAUCGGCCUGCUGAAGUAAAGCUUGGCAAAGGCGUGCUGUUGGAGGCCACGCCAAACGAACUCUUUUAUUCUUUUCAUAAGGAUGAGAUUCCUGCUGAAUCGUUACUGCAUCCUUGUAAAGUUGCAUUCCUUCCCAAAGGCGUUGAACUUCCACCAGGGAUUUCGUCAUUUGUGUGUCGGCGGGUUUUUGACAUUACAAACAAGUGUUUAUGGUGGCUAACUGAUCAAGAUUACAUUAAUGAACGACAGGAAGAGGUAGAUCAGCUGUUAUAUAAGACGCAGAUGCAAAUGCAUGCAACAUUGCAACCAAGUGGCAGAUCUCCAAAGCCAAUGAGUGGUCCAACAUCAACAUCACAGUUGAAAGCUGGUUCAGAUAGUGUUCAGAACAGUGCCUCCUCUGUUCCUGCUCAAAGUAAGGGGAAAAAAAGGGAGCGUGGAGAUCAGGUAUCUGAACCUGUCAAACGAGAGCGUGCUACAAAAAUUGAUGAUGGGGAUUCUGGACAUAGUAGACUUGAAAACAAUUUAAAAUCAGAAAUUUUAAAAAUCACAGAAAAAGGAGGGCUUGUAGACUCUGAAGGGGUUGAGAGAUUGGUUCAACUCAUGCAACCUGAAAGAAAUGAGAAAAAAAUAGAUUUAAAUUGCCGGUCAAUGCUUGCUGGUGUUAUAGCAGCCACAGAUAAGUUUGAUUGCCUUAGUAGGUUUGUGCAGCUCAGGGGUCUGCUUGUAUUUGAUGAAUGGCUCCAAGAAGUUCAUAAGGGGAAGAUUGGUGAUGGUAGUAGCCCCAAGGAUGGUGAUAAAACUGUUGAGGAGUUUCUCCUGGUUUUGCUUCGUGCUCUUGAAAAGCUGCCUGUAAAUCUUCAGGCCUUACAAAUGUGCAACAUUGGAAAGUCUGUGAAUCAUUUGCGCACUCAGAAGAGCAUGGAAAUCCAGAAGAAAGCAAGGAGUUUGGUUGACACGUGGAAAAAACGUGUGGAGGCUGAAAUGAAUAUCAAUGAUGCAAGGUCUGGUUCAAAUCAGGCUGUUACCUGGCCUUCAAGACCGCGGCUUUCUGAAGUUUCCCAUGUUGGGAACAGACACUCAGGUGCAUCUACUGAUGCUGCAAUGAAGAGCUCGGUUACGCAGCUCUCUGCAUCCAAAACUACUUCAGUAAAGCUUGCCCAUGGGGAGAGUGCAAUUAGGUCUCCAUCUGCAUCUCCAGGUUCUUUGAAAUCAGUGCCAUCACCUGCACCUGUAAAUACUAACCUAAGAGAUGGCCAGGCUCGAAAUGCUGUUGGUGUAACCUCUGAUCUCCCUAUGACAACAGUGAGGGAUGAGAAAAGCAGCAGUUCUAGUCAGUCUCACAACAACAGUCAAUCAUGUUCUAGUGAUCAUGCUAAAACUGGGGGGCUUUCAGUGAAGGAGGAUGCUAGGAGUUCUACUGCUGGUUCAAUGAGUGGAAAUAAGAUCUCAGGUGGUUCUUCACGGUAUCGGAAAUCAGUCAAUGGAUUCCCUGGCUCUGCCGUAUCUGGGGUUCAAAGGGAAAUCACUUCAACCAAAACUUCCUUGCAUAAAAAUCCAGCUUCCGAGAAGCUAACACAGUCUGCAUUGUCAUCUGAGAAGACACUUGAUGGUCCUGCUGCUGAGGGUAGCAGUCACAAAUUGAUUGUUAAGAUUCCAAAUCGAAGCCGCAGUCCAGCACAAAGUGCCAGUGGAGGAUCAAUUGAGGACCCUUCAAUCAUGAAUAGCAGAGCUUCUUCUCCUGUACUUUCUGAAAAACAUGAUCAGUCUGAUCGUAAUCUGAAAGAGAAGAGUGAUGCUUAUCGAGCUAAUAUUACUUCAGAUGUGAAUACUGAAUCCUGGCAAAGUAACGACUUUAAGGAUGUACUGACGGGGUCUGAUGAGGGUGAUGGAUCCCCUGCGGCCAUUACUGAUGAAGAGCGUUGCAGGACUGGUGAAGACAGUAAAAAAAUGGCAGAAACUAAAGCUGCUUCCUCACCUUCAGGAGAACAUGAAUUAGGGAAUUUGCAGGAAGCUUCUUUGCGUUCUAUUAAUGCUUUAAUUGAAAGUUGUGUAAAGUACUCAGAAACUAAUGGCUCCAUGUCCAUUGGUGAUGAUGUUGGAAUGAACCUCCUUGCUAGUGUGGCAGCCGGUGAGAUGUCCAAGUCGGAUUUGGUUUCACCCUCUGAUUCUCCACAAAGAAACACACCUGCAGCUGAGCACUGCUGCACAGGCAGUGAUCCCAUGGUUAAAUCAUCUCAAGGAGAUGACCUUGCUAGAGCAGAUGACCUUGCUAGAGAAGAAAGCCAGUCCAAUGAUGGUGCUAAUGAUGAGCAUGAGAAGCAGGGUGUUAAUUCUGGUAAUCUUGAGCCCAAGGCUGGAGAAGGUAAUUCUGCCUAUUUGGUUUGUGAGGAGAAGCCUGUAAGAGAGUACCAUGGGCAUCUAAAUUCUUCUGGUAGGCAUAUGCAGCAAACUGCAGAGUCAUGUGUAGAAAUUGAUGAAAAAUCUACUGAAAUAACUGUAGCUACUUCAAUGGAUACUUCCCCUGUAAGCUCAACAGAGAAAGGUGUGGACAUUGAAGGAGGCCAACCACUUGAGGAGAAAAAGGCGGUUGGUGGGGUGGUUGUAGAUGCGACUCCAGAUAUUUUAGAAAAGACAAGUUGCACUUUGCUGAAGGAAGAAAAGUUGAAUGAUGAAGUUGUGUGUCUUGAGGUUGAGAUGGAAGCUGUUGAAGGGUUGGAUGGUGGUGUUCAGGCAGAGCAGAAGCCUCCUGCAUCCACAAUGCAUUCUGAAGAUGUGAAAGGAUGCAAUGAAGAAGUCAUGCUUCCUUCUGGUGGUGGGAAAGACGUGCUUUCAGAAAAUGUCAGUGAACUGAAGGCUGAAAAGAUUGAUGAAACAGAUGCGAGGAGUUUUGCGAGUCAGACUGACAAAGAAAGAAAUGAGCGGGACAGUAAUGCUCCUACAAGUCCGGAGAAUCGAAUUUCAGUUGGUUUGGUUCCCACUCAUACUGAUCAAGAUGGAGAGCAUGUGGGGGAGAAUUUGGAAAGCAAGGACGAUCUUGCGCAACAUGGGAGACCAGCUCCUCGCAUAGUUUCGUCUGCACUGACUGUGCAAGAAACAGAACAGCCUGAAAGCUCUUGGGGACCCAAGUGGACUGGCACAGAAGCAGAGGCAUGCACAACAACCAAUGGCAAUACAACUUCUAUCUCUGUCGCCGGGGUGUCAGACAUGGAUUCGAAAGUGGAAUUUGAUUUGAACGAAGGCUUCACUAUAGAUGAUGGGAAAUUUGGGGAACAGAAUGACUCACCAGCACCGGGAUGUUCCACUUCCAUUCGUUUGGUCAGCCCAUUACCUUUUUCUGUUUCUUCUGUGUCUAUUGGACUUCCUGCUUCAAUUACCAUCACUGCUGCUGCAAAGGGCCCCUUUGUUCCGCCAGAUGACCUACUGAGGAGUAAAGGGGAACUUGGUUGGAAGGGAUCAGCGGCCACCAGUGCCUUUCGGCCAGCUGAACCCAGGAAGGGCCCAGAACUGUCACAGGGCACUGCAAGCAUCUCCCUUCCUGAUGCCACAGCUGGCAAGCAGAGUCGCCCUCCUUUGGAUAUUGACUUGAAUGUACCGGAUGAGAGAAUCCUUGAGGAUCUGGCUUCACGAAAUUGCACUCAGGAGCCUGAUUCUUUAUCUCGGCAUCCAUUUAGUCAUGAAAUGGCACACGAACUACUGAUAGGUUCCAAUACUGUUCGUUGUUCUGGAGGACUUGAUCUUGAUUUGAACCGAGUUGAUGAUGCUUCUGAUAUAGGGAAUUACACAAGUAAUAGCUGUAGAGUUGAUGUUACACUUUUUCCAAUGAAAUCAUCAUCAGGCAGUGCUCUUAAUGGUGCAGCAAGUGGUCACAGGGACUUCGAUUUGAACAAUGGACCUGUAUCUGAUGAGGUGUGUGCUGAACCUUCACCAUUUAGCCAACAAGCAAGGAGUAGUCUGCCAUCCCAAACGCCGCUUUCUGGCCUUAGAAUGAACAAUUCAGAGAGAGGGAACUUCUCACCCUGGUUUCCUUCAGGAAGCACAUAUUCUGCUGUCACUAUUCCAUCAAUUAUACCUGAUAGAGGGGAGCAGCCUUUCCCAAUUGUUGCAGCUGGUGGGCCACAGAGGAUGUUGGGUCCCACUGGUGGCAGCAGUCCAUUUAGUCCUGAUGUCUACAGGGGGCCAGUGUUGUCAUCUGCUCCCGCGGUGCCCUUCCCCUCCAGUCAUUUUCAGUACCCUGUCUUCCCUUUUGGUACCAGCUUUCCACUGCCAUCGGCCACUUUUCCUGGUGGUUCAACAGCAUACGUGGACUCAUCAUCUGGAGGGAAGGUUUGCUUUCCUGCAGUCCGUACACACCUUUUAGGACCUGCUGGUGCUGUUUCAUCCCAAUUCCCUAGGCCUUAUGUUGUUAGCUUCCCUGAUGGUAGCAGUAACAGUAGUGGUGAGAGCAGUAGGCAAUGGGUAAGGCAGGGUUUCGACCUUAAUGCUGGGCCUGGAGGCGUAGAUGUGGAAGGGAGAGACGAGAUGACUUUUCCACUGAGGCACCUUUCUGUUUCCAGUGACGAGCAAGCAAGGAUGCUCCAAAUGACAGGUGGUGUUUUGAAGAGAAAGGAACCUGAGGGAGCUUGGGAUGGGUUUAAGCAAUCCUCGUGGCAGUAGGAAUGAGUAAUGGAACAAUCUAGUGAUCCAUGACAAGCUUUGCUAUGAGGAUGGGUGUUGGCUAAUCCCCAGAGGUCGUCACCUGACUUGUGUGCUUUUGGAGGAUGGGUGAGAAGUGAGUUACCUGAUGUUGUUCGUAGUCUCCUACUCCCAUCCUUUCGCUUUAUCAAAUUGUAUUUUAAAGGAAUCUAUCUGGGGUCCACCAGCUAUUUUUUCCUUGAAUUUGUUCUGGGUGGUUGCAGAUCAGGUUUCCUUUGUAGAUAUUUUAACUGUUGGAAAGCAUGCUGUCUGUGUUACCCAGACAUUCGAAAUUGGUGCAUUUCUGGUAUUCUUUGCAUCACCGAUAUAUUCCGUUGGACUCAAGGCAUCCCUUCUUUUUUGCCCUUCCCCAUAUGGAGGUUGGGUUGCUGAACUGCUUUUAAACCAACACCUUGUGAUUUUUUUGUUUACCCUUUUUUUUUCUUUUUUUCUUUUUUUCUUUUUUCUUUUUGCUUUUUUCUCUUUGCCUUUACUCUCUUCCUUCCAAUCACAUAUAUAUAAAAUUGACUGUUCACCGAA